AUGAAGUUUUUACGAUACUCCUUGUUGGUCUUAAUACUAGUCGAAUUGAAUCUUGUGAUUCAAGGGACUGCCCAGUGUCAAAUAGGUUAUAAAGAUGAGUUAGGCAUAUGUUCCGGAUCGAAUGUGGACGAUUCAUUGAAAGAUCUCAAAAUAGCUCAAGGUCUUGCUAUAUUGAACCCGAAUAGUCAAACUAGACAAUGCGUUGGUGUAUUUUCGAGUUACGCAUGCGCUAUAACAUAUCCAAAAUGUACAACAGAUCAAGCUUCAUUACAACCAUUAUGUACAUCAACAUGUACAAAUGUUUUAAGUGCGUGUGCCUCUCUGACAGAUCCGAUGGUUUUAAAAUAUAUAAUUGGAUCACCAUUAUUCCCAACGAACACAACCUGCUCGUCAGGAAAUAUUACCGCCACGACCACUUUAAAAAUCCAACCUGAUCAAUGCAAUUCGGAACUACAAGUAAAAUCGGCUUCCACGUGUUUCGCACCGCUAGUAGAAGACACAGCGUACACCAUUGACAAAACAAAGACUCUAAGUACCGAUUAUUGUUUAAACGGGUGUUGUCUUCCUUGUCCUCAAUCGUAUUUCUUGUAUCCUUCGGGAUAUUUAGAAAGAGGAUUUCUUGCAACACAGAUCGUUAGAGCCAUUUCAGCCGUUGCUUCAUUCAUAAUGUUUAUUUCUUAUUUGGUGUUACCUGGAAAAAGGGCACACCCAAGUAUUCUCAUAUUAUUUGCGUCACUAGCAAUUUUCCUAUAUUCGUCAAACGUAUUUUUCUCUCUUGGGAACCCGCAAAAGAUCCAAUGCACGAGCAAUGUAGAACCCAGUACUCAGGAGAAUAGCGCGACAUGUGGCUUUCAAG